AUGUCUCCUCCUCGUCGUCGAAUUCAAUCCUCCACGACGCUCCAAUCCAUCUCCAUCCGCUCGCACGCCCCACCCCUCACGCCGCGCCAACUCGACGCAAACACCCACGUCCCCAUCACUCGUUCUCGGUCCCGCUUCAUCUCUGCCGCCCCCUCCCGAAACGAAAACAUUAAACCUGCAGCUGCAUCUGUCCCUGGGUUCUCGAAGAGUCUAAGAAGCCGCGGGCCUAUCAAGGACAAAGAAAACAAUAGCAGGGAGAACCUGAAGAUGGGUGUUUAUGAGGAUAAGAAGAUGGCUGGCAAACGGAAAGCUGGAGAAGUGGACGAGGGAGAUAGGAAAGGAAAGGUCAUGAAACUUGGGGAGCAGCCAAUCAGGAGGAUGGGUCCACCACUCAAGGCAGUACCGUCCAAUGGCAACAUUGAGGUCCGGCAAACACUGCUAGCCCCACUCUCUUCUCCCAGAAGACCACAACCCAAGGUUCAAGUGUCUGCGCCUCCUACUCCAGCGAGAGAGAUAUUGAGACAGGGCCUCCUGAAGAGCAAAGCUAGCCAGGAAAGCUUGGCAGAAGAGGACAAGUCUGCCUCUCUUGUCAUUGUCCGACCCCCGACCCCGCCCAGGAAGCAUCAGCCCCUCCAAUCUGAAUCUCGGUCGGGGGAUGAAGACUCUAGCAUGGAGGAAGUCUCCAGCUUUGUGGCAAGACCCCCUACCCCUCCGCGUAUGCGAGAACGACCGACGUCCGUGUUGCUAUCUCCUUGUCCAGAUGGACAAGCGCUUUAUGCUUCGCCCAAUCGCAUGAAUGGCAGCACGACACCCCUUACGUCUCCUGGCCAGCUCACUUCCCAUACUCCUCUCCGAUCCCCCAGAGGGCCGCAGGCGCUUAUCAGCAAGCCAAUGUCACCCCGCCCCUUCUCUGCUUUCCACGCUCCAGCUACGCCCCCCAAGGCUUCCCCACAUAUGGCUGUUUCUACAACACCUGCGACUCGACCAAACGUCAAGUCGCCGCUUACUGCUCGGCGCAUCGCAGCGGCGGCGAGGAUGGCCAAAGAGACGGCAAGCUUGGAUGUAGAGAUGGCCAAGCCUUCAAAAAAGGCAGAGACUGUCCUUGCCAACACUCUGGUCCCAACUUCAUCAGAGUUGGCUGAAGAGCCAGUGACCUUGGAAGAACAAAAACCGACUGUGGUCACAGAAGAAACAACGCCCAUAGAUAUGCCUCAAGAACUGGCGCUCCAUGUCGAGAGCAAACGUCUAUCCGAAUUGCCACCAGCCAGAUCUACAUCAGGACCAUCUCAACUAUCCAAGUCAGUCUCCUCGCGUAGUCUCCAAGGGGCAGGUGCGCCUAGCCGAAUCCCCAUCGGCCGAGCUAUGCCUCCCAUCAGAGAAACGCUUGCCCCGAGCGCGGGAGCGAAGAAGCCAGCGACAAAUCUUGGCAUCGUUGGUCCAGAGAGGAGCGCCCUGGCCAGCGGCGCUUCAGCGAUGAGUCCCCUGACUGAGGUGAAACGUAAGCCAUCAUAUCCCUCCAGCUUGGGCUCUGGUCCACUAGCGUGCCCCACGGCGCGGGUUGUCUCCAACCCCAUGCUUCCUCCCCGUGACAUCCCGCAGUCCUCUCAAUCCUCUCUCAGGUCGAUCACCUCUCCUUCAAGCCGCUCCGUAUCAAACCCGGGCCCACGGCCCAGGUUGAGUUUGAGCAGUAGCAGGCGAGAAGGGUUGUCGGAUGAGACUUCCAAAUCUUUGGCAGGACUGAGUUCCGCGUUGGAAAAGUUGAAGGCAAAGAAGCAGUUGUCGAACAGUAGCUUGUCAGAGUCCACGUCUGAGCCUGCUAGGAGAACUGCGCCAUCUGUGACAGUUUCCGCCCCUACCCGACCGCACAUCUUCCAAGACCGUCCCAGUAACCUCUCCGCUUCCACUUCCACCUCUGCGACGUCUGCUGUCGCUAAACCAAGAACGUCUGUCCUUCCCAGUGACAUUUGUGUCUCUGCCGGUGCCGGCGAUACUAGUUUGGGGGAUCAGUCGAUUGCGGGAAUGUUGGCCGAAGGAGGCGCGAGGUGCUUCAAAGGAGUGGUGGCAUUUGUAGACGUGAGAACUAGUGAUGGUUCGGAUUCGACGCAAGUCUUUGCCAAUAUUCUGCGAGGUGCUGGCGCCAAGGUGCUUACCCGUCCCGGCUCGACUUGCACCCACAUCAUCUACCGCUCUGGGCGCGAAGCGACUCUCAAUUGGUACCGUCGUCAAGACGAGGAAGACCGUCCCAAACUGGUGGGUAUCAAAUGGGUGAUGGACAGUAAAAAGGCAGGGAAGAGAGUAGAAGAAGACAAGUACCUGGUUGAUCUGAGCGAUGAGACUGUGUUUGAUAAGAGGAGGAAAUCGAUGGAGCCAAAGAGCUUGGCAGAGUCAAAAGGGCUGUUGUCCACGGCCACGAAGAAGAGGACUCUUUUGUCUGCCGCUGCAGCCGACGCCAAGCAGAGAUCUAAGGCUUCUUAUGCUCCGAAACGCUCGUCACCGUUGAAGAAGGCAUUUCUGAGUCUGCCAUCUUCAUCCAAUGCCGACACAAAGUAA